AUGCAGGCUGCAAGUGAAUCCAACAACAGCAGCAGCACAGAGAGUACGCCCAUCUACAGGGGCAACUCUAGCCUCAUACCCAUCGUGUUCCUCAUGUCUUUCCUCAUCAUCUUCGGCAACACCAUGACGCUGCUGGCCAUCAGGAAGAUGACGUCAUUGCAGACCAAAUCCAACGCCUUCGUUGCGUCACUGGCCGUGGGCGACAUCACCGUCGGCCUCGUCCUCAUACCCUACGGACUUUGGCUGGUGCCCGACAUCAGGGGGGAAGUGGACCAGAGCCUUUUUCUCUGUAUCCUGAUGGUAUCUACUGCAUCGUCUGCUAUAGUUGUCAGUAUUCUCAACCUGAUGCUGGUCGCCUUGGACCGCCUGAUCUUCAUCAGCUACCCGUUCUUCUACCAGAGAGUUGUCACCAGUCGAGUCAUAGCUUUCAGCAUCGCUGCACCCUGGACGAUAGGACUGCUGUUCGGGAAUACCCAAUGGUUUAUUUACGCACCAAAGACUUCGCCGCCACAGUGCGUGAUUACUGAAAUUCUCCCCACGGUGUAUUAUAAGUAUGCCGCACCUUGGUUCUACUUCAUCCCGUGCGUUGCUGUGUUCAUGAUCUACAUCAAGAUCGCGCUGAUUGCCAGAAAGCAGAGACGCGCCAUUACCAAAUUGAACACGGUCUGGCCCACGGACGGCAACAGCAACGCAGACACCAGACCUAAGACUUCAAGGAUUAACGAGAGGAACUGGAGAACUGUGAAGAUGAUGAUGUCUGUGUUCGGGGUUUUCUUCGUCUGCUGGACACCACGGUUUAUUUUGUACGCGUUUUCCGGUGAAUAUCUAAACACGCACGUGCCGGAAAUAAUCUUUGACCUAAGUCUGCUGCUGGGAUUGCUGAAUUCGGGGGUGAAUUUUCUGGUGUAUCCCUUACAUAACAAAGAAUUCAGGAGAGCUUUUAAACAAAUUCUUUGUUUC